AUGGAGCUUCAGGUUGUGCAGGGGCGGCUAAUGGCAGCUGGUUGUGGCGAUGUUGCAGGUUUUUACUGCCCACAAGGGAGCAUCACUCCAGUCCCCUGUCCAAAGGGAACCUACGGAGCAUCAUCGGAUGCCGUCUCCAUGUCCAGUUGUCUAAGAUGUCCUCCUCAACAUUACUGUCCUCGACCCGGCCUGCCCGUACCCCUGCCGUGCGGGCCUGCAGCUAAGCAGCUUCUAUCCGGCCAGGACACAUGUCUCUGCCUGGGAGAGGGACAGAGCUUUCAGAGCAGCGAUGGGCAGUGCCAAUGUACCCUUGACUAUCAACCUGCCAAUCACGAAGAUGCGUGUGUGCACAAAGUCUACAGCAUCUGCAGGGAUGGAAAAACACGCACACAACACGGACAUUGUCUGGACCCUCACGACUGGUCAAUUCACUGCCGGCAACAGGUGUGUCCAUCUGCAGAUGACUAUGAGGGCUAUGACGGAGAGCUGGGUCUGUGCGUGUGCACUGAGCCUCCUGGCAGAGCUGCUUGUGGAGGCCUGUGCAGGAACAGGCCUGCAACUGAGAUGAAACUUUGGUGCAGAUCCAGAGGAGAAAUGGAGCUGGUGCUGGGCUCCGGCACUCUGGUGUCGGGCGUCUCCAGCGUCAUCCUGAAGACAGUCUUUAAUGACUGGGACUCCCACGGGAUCCUCCAGUGCAGCAGCCAGCUCCGUUCUUCACGCCCCGUCUACAUUGUUCAGACAAGCGGAGCUGGCUUUCUUGGAGUCCUCAGCGGGAUUCCAGAAGAACUUCAGGAAUUGUUUUUACUCAGCGAGCUGCAGAAUGCCCGGAAACAAAAUGAUUCUUCCAUUUCAUGGGGGAGCCCUAAAACGGAAAAUACCAGCAAUGAUGCUGGAUAUUCAAGGAAGAGUUGGACCAAUAAGAUGACCGGAAUUGUGAACCCGACAGCGUGUCUCCACCUGGGUGAUGUUCUCCUCUUCACUGUCAGCACUCAGCACUAUCCUCACUAUGAUAUUGAUAAUCUGUACAACACCAACCCCGAUUACGACUGGGGGGCAUUUAGAAAACUCAAAGCAGACCUGACACUAUCUUCGACACCCCCCAGCUUCUUUUCAGUCAUCUUUAACCAGCCUGGAGUUUAUGUGUUUACACUGAACAGCCAUCAGCACAAGCAUUUGUAUGUACGGGUGAUGCCUGCAGGCGGCCAGUGCUAUGAACCCGGGCCCUUUUUUUCCACGACUCCUCGUCACAUGACCAGAAUGGGCAUUAGGAAGAGAAGAAACCUCUUACUGCGUCCCGACUGGCUGGUGACCGGAGGACUUUUGUUUGGAGCUGCGGCCAUCUUGUGUUUAUGUGUGACGAUCUUGAUCCUUUUCCACGAGUACGGCUGGCCGGAGAAGAAGCCAAUCAGGGCUCAGUAUCACAUCCAGCAGAUGACGUACCACAUGGACGACUACGCGUCAAAGGGCUCAAGGGUGAUCUCACGAAUGAAGAUUCAUCGAAAACAACAAGCCAGAAUGACGCUUGGCUCCAUUCAGCCGGACUCGUCGGAGGAGUUCUGGGACUAUGAGCACCAGGUGGAUCUGGAGGCUUUCAGCAGCAACACCUUCUACAGCUUGCUGCUCAAACACAGCCUGACGGUCACUACUCGACUGGGACAACUCACCACCGAGGUAAAGGAGCUUUACCAGGCUGUUCAAGACAAACUGCGUCUUCUCCACCCACGCUCAUUGGAUGAGGAGAGCACGGUGGAUGGUCAUGAGAAGACAAGGAGGGAAGUGGACAAGGAGGUGGUCCGCAGGAGGUCUUUGGCCACUCAAUUGAGGACCCUGCUUGACAGUCAGCUCCAGGUUCUGAGACGAGAGCAGCAGGCCCAGCAGAGGGUCCACAGUGUGUUCACAGCUCAUGUUCGAGAAUGCACCAGAAUACUGGGCAAGAUCCAUGCCGACAACCACUCGUCAUAUGGGCACCGCCAUCAAUAUUUUACCCAGCGAUUGAGGUCCCUGGUGACUGAGAUGGGGGGGCUGGUGUCAGCAGAGUGCCAGCGUCAGGGAGCCUGGGGUCUCUUGGGUGAAGGCACAGGGGCCAAGCUGCUGUGUCCUGACUCCGGGUGUGUGCUCAAUAAGGAUGCUCUCCUUGGUUCUGAUGGCUCCCUGUUAGACGGUUGCCCGCUUUAUUACGAUGCAGUAAUACGACUAAUAAGACCAAAGGCCCACAGUCAUAUGGUUUUAUCAAGCGGCCGCACCAUGGCGGUGCCUCCUGGUUUCUUCCUUCAUCCACACACGGGCCGUGUUCUGCCCAUCGCUGGAAACGUUGCCUACGACCCUGAAAGCUCCACUUUGGUGAUUACUACUGACUCAUGCGCAGAAGACAACAGGAAAUGGGAGAGUCCUCUUAUCCCCUUUGUUCCAUACCCGACCUCUUGCCAUUCAAACCAGCCUCUGCACAGCUUCCGACUCAGUGGCCUCCGACCGGGCCAGAAACUGCAGCUAGGUGCGCCCAUGACGGACCCAGACACAGGGGUCCCAGUGCCCAUUCUAGCUGUAACCAUCCACCCCCAAACCGGUCUGGUUUACCCUUUGGGAAAGACUCACAUCUGCCCCAUCACCCGCAUGCUGCAACCCGUCCAGGCGGGCUACCCCAUUCUGGAUUCCCAGACAGGGAAUGUUGUGCUGACUGUUGGGGUCAGUCUUGAUCCAGUGACGGGAGUCGUGUUACCAGUCUAUGGGGUCCUGCUGGGAGAGUCCUUCAUCGAGCCUCUCAGUGGGCGGAUGGUGAGAGUGGCAGGUGCGAGCAUCCGAGCUGGGCAGCUGGUGCCUCACGCAGGAGGAUAUCAGACCCUUCUAGACAGCAAGGUUUUGGCAGCAAUGUUCAAAACCGUGGAGCUCCUUAGGCCCCUGACUGAUGAGUGGGGUUCAGACCCGACUUUGCAGCUCCAUCUGAGAGGAGAGCAGGGGCGAAGCUGGCAGGAUUGUAUUAGCGCUGCGUCCCAGGAGCUCCAUUCGCACUGGAGGAGGAGUCAGCACUGCCAGUUGCAGAUGCAAAGCAGGCUGGAGGUCCUGCUGGACACCACCGUGUGUCUGCAUCAGGAUGGAGGUUUUAUGGGAGACAUGCCCCUCUCAGACACUCCUGUGCCCGCGUUGCUGGGGAUGGAGUACCCAGACCCCAUGGGAUCAGGUCUGAGUGUACCUGUCUUGGGAUCUGAGACUGACCUCGUAUCAGGAAGGACAAUACCACUGGCAGGGACUGUGGAGGACCCGGACGGCAGAGGUCUGGUAGCCAUCAGCUACGGCUCUCAGGCCGUCGACCCUGUAACUGGCAUGCUGGCUCCGGUGGUUGGCGCCAGGUUGGAUGUUCUUAAAAACACAGUGGUACCCGUCACAGCCUCAUACUGGCUGGCAACGGCGGCUCACGCUGACGUCGUUCAGGUGGAGGCUUUGGAUGGAGAGAUGUGUGCCCGGAAUACUUAUUGGCAGCAGCACAGCCGACGGGAGGAGGGCAUCCUCUCUGAUGUGGACUCGGCUCUGUUCCAGUGUUUUGUCACAGAACACGGCGGCCAUCAGUGGUCGGGAAGAUCGCUGAGGGAAGCAGCUGUGGAGAUGCACGACUCGGCGCAGGUCGAAGCGCAGAGGAGAAGCGCCCGGCGUACUGGCUUGGCUCUCAUUCUGCCUCCUCAUGUACUCGGCAUCCUCUGCCUGGUGGAUGAGGAGGAAUGGGAUCAGCACUGUGUUUGGUACACCGAGCUGCUGUCAGUCCUCGACGUGAUGGAUGUUUGCAUGGAGCAGCUUCAACAAAACCAGGAGAAAUGGAGCACACAAAGGGUGGAGUGGACAGCGAGCUUCCAUGUACUGGACAGAGAACCCAGGUUGGGAGAAAUGUGGGAGCAAUGUUCUUCCCGACUGUCAGAUCUGGAUGCAGCCCUUGUUAAGCUGCAAUGUGUUCGAUACCUCUCCAUGAUCCGCUGUGACACAGCUCAGGCAGUGUUGCUUGGGAACUUUUGGUACAAGGAAUACGGUCUGAUACGCUUAUGUCGCCAAAGACCGGCUAUGAACAUUUUGGGUUGGCUCCAACAGAAGAUUUUACCUCUGCUGGAGAGGAUGGACCAGCAGGUCCCCGUCGCCACCGACGCCUGUCAUCCAUUUGGAAUCGCCGCAAAGUCUUCCAGGCGACCGUUCGAUUCCCAGGACACAAAGAGUUGUGUCCAAAUGAACGAUCCACAGGGACAAAGCUCCACUUGCAUUCAAGCCUUCCAAACAAGACAAGAAAAAGAACGCUGGGAAGUCCAAGAAGGACAAGGACACAGUCAACAAAUCUGGAGGCAAAGCCAAGAAGAAGAAGUGGUCCAAGGGAAAGGUGAGGGACAAGCUGAACAACCUGGUCCUCUUCGCCAAGGCCACCUAUGACAAGCUUUACAAGGAAGUGCCCAACUCCAAGCUUAUCACCCCCUGCUGUCGUGUCCUAGAGAUUGAAGAUCCGCGGCUCGUUGGCUAGGAAUGCCUUGCAGGAACUGCUCGCUAAAGGUGAACCUGGCAGACGAACACAUAAUGACAGCCAGGUCCAAAGGGAAAUGUACUACAAUUUUUAUGCAGUUAAACAUAUUGCAGAAUAAGACAUUUCUAGUGCAAUUUUAGUUUAGUUAACCAGGAUUGGUUGACAUAUGGCAGCUAUUGGUGGUAUAUUUUAUGGGGAGAAAAUAUAUUCUUCAGCCAGUUGCAUGCAGUCCCCUGAACUUGAUACUUGUCUUUCUAUCACGGUGCUUGUGGGGGGCUUGUGGGCUUUGCGCCGUCAACCCAGGAUGCAGAGAACAGGACCAAAUGUAAGUAAAAGCGUUGAAUUUAAUGAUAAUAGCUGCAGGAUGAUACAGCAACAAAUGGUAAUGAUCCCACGCAGAGUGAUAAGGACAACAAAGUAAGACGAGGCAAAGCAGGAAGUUAAAUACAAAAUAAGAGGGACCCUUCUAGGGGAUGGCCGGGGCGGUAGGCCCAGCAGAGCCAGGAACACCCCUCCAAUCAAUGGACGGAAUGGUUGGGUUGGCGGGGUUGGUAGGCACCCUCAGGGGGGCGCCCUCGACGAUGAGUGAGGUUGGCGCCCUCAGAGGUGCGCCCUCGACGAUGAGCGAGGUUGGCGCCUUCAGGGGUGCGCCUUCGACGAUGAGCCAGGUUGGCGCCUUCAGGGGUGCGUCCUCGACGAUGAGUGAGGUUGGCACCCUCAGGGGUGCGCCCUCGACAAUGAGUGAGUUUGGCGCCCUCAGGGGUGCGCCCUCGACGAUGAGUGACAUUGGCACCCUAAGGGGGGCGCCCUUGACAAUGAGCGAGGUUGGCGCCCUUGACGAUGAGCGAGGUUGGCGCCCAAAGGGGGACACCCUCGACAAUGCGCAAGGGAGGCACCCACAGGGGGGCGCCUUCGACAACGAGCGAGGUUGGCACCCUAAGGGGGUCGCCCUCGACGAAGAGCGAGGUUGGCGCCUUAAGGUGGGCCGCCCUCGACGAUGAGCGAGGUUGCCGCCCUCAGGGUUGCGCCCUUGACAAAGAGCGAGGUUGGCGCCUUCAGCUAAAAUGCAUGCACCCCCUAUUUGCUGAUGGGAAACUGUUUUGGUCCAAAGAUAAAGUCCACAUGAGAGAUGGAUGUCUUUAAAGUAAAUCAUGUGAACUAUAGACAUGUAGAAGUGAUCUCAGCCCAAAUAGGGGUGGAUGCAAAUCUCGGCAGGUCAAAAAUCUGCCCUGCCAUAGAAUGCAUGCACCCAUAUUUGCAGAUGGGGAAUUUAAAAUUCACCAAAUAACCAUUGUGUUGCCACAUAAUGAAUGAAUGAGUGGAACCCCCAAGUUCAACACUUUUAUUUUUCAUUUUACAGUCCAAAGUAUGUCAAACGGGUGAGAUCGACUGUUGCAUCAUGCCUCAUUCACUGUCUGUUAACAACUCUUCCUUGUGGUUUGGUUGGUUUGGUCAUAUUUGUCAUUAGUUAUGCAGAAAUACCUAAAUGGCGGAAGAAAUGUGUUACAAAGCGCCACAAUUACAUUGUAAAUGUCUAACCCGCUCCACUCACCGUAUUCCUGGAUACGCAUGCGUCAAAUGCUUGACAUACCAAACAAAUACCAAGCCAAUAAAUCGAAGUUUUCAUAUACUGUGUGCUUUAGGUAUCUCAUAGUAACUGAUAAAGCAGACAAAAGGUAUAAUAUCUUCGUUAAUCUGAAGUCCUGUGGCGAAAAAAACCCGCAGCGUCACAUAUUUUCGGUUUUAACUGAGCGUGCGCGCUCCCGCGAGGUGGAUGCAAAAUCCGGGUUAAUUUUUUGAAGUGUUCAACGCUGUUGCAGGCAUGUGUUUGGCCAGCUAUGUGGGGCGGGUUGAGCGUGAACCAGGAAGUGCGGGGAUCUCGUGUGCGCGCGCGCGCGCGCUGUUCUGUCGUUGCUGGCUAGUCGAAAAAGAAAGUUGACCGGAAGCGGCAGGCAACCUGUCUGUCUGUCUUUCUCUGACGAAGUCAGGCCGCCCCUUACCACGGUUUGGGGUUGAAAAUAGUGACAGUUAACACCGCCACGACCGUGGAGAAGUGCCGAAGUAAACGGUUUGUCUUGCAACACCAUCGUUUUCAAUGGCGCCAAUUUAAUUCGGUAUCGAGUCGGCGUUCCAACACCCUGACGGAGAACACUGGAGUUGCCAUGUAACUCAGACGCCGCACCAGCAAUGCUACAAGAUGAAAAGCCGCUUGUCGCUUAACAGCCCGUGGGAUCCCUCUGCAUCCAUCUCAAUAUGAGCUCCAAAUAGGAGCGUCAUCUGAUGCCAUAGGUUCUCCAGUGGACAGUUUCACCUAUUGCACGCACAAGACGGCAUUUUCUGGAGCUUCAACCUUUUGCGUCCAUCAACAGUCUGUCGGCCCCCGGGGAAGGACUCACGUAAUCGUGUUGGCAGACCAUCAACAACAUGGCGUCGGCAUUCUUCACAGGUAGGAAGACUUGUUCAAGUAAAUGACAUGAUGGCCUUCAUACAUGUAGCACAAUAACACAGGAUAAAUGAAUAGAUGACAAAAGAUAUGCAAAUCAUACACGAGUGCCAUGACUAAUGCUUUGGCUGUAAAGUUUGCUCUGGCUGUUACAGUACAAUGUUAGCCGGCCACAUGGAGGUCAUUAUAAUUGGCCUACAUGUUUUCCCAGCUCUGACAACUACUCUCUUCUUAAUCACCACUUGUACUCUUUGUAAAAGCUUAAGGCUAAACCAACUGUAACACUUGUCUAUACGAGUGGAGCAUCUGUUGACAACAAUGGAAGUAUUAUUUUGCAAUAAUCUAGUCAUGUUAGUACUUACAAAUAAUGUCACACUUUGUAUAAGGAAUGUUUUCCAGUAUUUCCGGGUUACAAUCACUCAGAAUCAGAAUCAGAAAAGGUUUAUUGCCAUGUAUGAUCAAACACAUACUAGGAAUUUGUUUUUGGUGUAGUAGGUGCAUACACAUCUAUUAAAAAAGAAUGAGAGAAAAUAUGAAAUACAAAAUAUGAAAAUACAAAAUAUACAGAAUAACAGUAUAAAUAUAUGUACACAGUCUGUUUUUGUUUGUUAUUCCGGAAGUGCAGUCUGAUUGUUUUCCUAAGAGUCCAAACUGAGCGUUAAUGUAACGUAUACAAUGAAAGUGUCAAAGUGUCAAAGUGGCAGGAUGAGGCAGAGGUGGGGUGUGAAGAGUGUCAUGUGGGGUUCCGGGCCUUGUUGAUGAGGCUGACAGCAGACGGGAAGAAACUGUUCUUGUGGCGUGAGGUUUUGGUCCUGAUGGACCGCAGCCUCCUGCCAGAGGGGAGCGUCUCGAAGAGUCUAUGUCCGGGGUGAGAGGGAUCGGCCACAAUCCUUUCUGCACGCCUCAGGGUCCUGGAAGCGUACAGAUCCUGGAGGGACGGGAGAUUGCAGCCAAUCACCUUCUCUGCAGACCGAAUGACACGCUGCAGCCUGCCACUCCACUUGUUGUGUACUUUUUUGGACCUUUAAAUCCAUUUGUUUCUAUCUUUAUUUUCUCUAAAAUAGUAUUUAUAGUAUUUUAAAUGCAUGCAAGUGACAACUAUAUGGCGGAAUUUCCCAAGAAGAUUAGCAGUGCUUAAAAAACACCACAAGAUGGCGGAAAUUCCCAAGUAUAGUUGCAGUAAUUUUAAGUGCCCACCAGAUGGCGGAAUUUCACAGUUUAAGUUGCAGUAAUUUUAAGUGGCCACCAGAUGGCGGAAUUUCACAGUUUAAGUUGCAGUAAUUUUAAGUGGCCACCAGAUGGCGGAAUUUCACAGUUUAAGUUGCAGUAAUUUUAAGUGACCACCAGAUGGCGGAAUUUCACAGUUUGAGUUGCACUACCUUUAGGUGACCACCAGAUGGCGGAAUUUCACAGUUUGAGUUGCACUACCUUUAGGUGACCACCAGAAGGCGGAAUUUCACAGUUUAAGUUGCAGUAAUUUUAAGUGAACACUAGAUGGCGGAAUUUCACAGUUUAAGUUGCACUACUUUUAGGUGACCACUAGAUGGCGGAAUUUCCCAAGGUAAGUUGCAGUAAUUUUAAGUGAACACUAGAUGGCGGAAUUUCAAAGUUUUAGUUGCACUACUUUUAGGUGACCACUAGAUGGCGGAAUUUCACAGUUUAAGUUGCACUACUUUUAGGUGACCACUAGAUGGCGGAAUUUCCCAAGGUAAGUUGCAGUAAUUUUAAGUGAACACUAGAUGGCGGAAUUUCAAAGUUUUAGUUGCACUACUUUUAGGUGACCACUAGAUGGCGGAAUUUCACAGUUUAAGUUGCACUACUUUUAGGUGACCACUAGAUGGCGGAAUUUCCCAAGGUAAGUUGCAGUAAUUUUAAGUGACCACUAGAUAGUGGCAUAGGGCUAGGGCUACGGUUGGGGCUGGGGCUAGGGCAAGGGCUGUUAGGGCAAGGGCUGUUAGG